CUCUGAAGGCGGCGUAAGCGCCGGUGGAGCUGGAGGCUGCAGCGCCUUGGAGCGCAUCGGCCCCUCCCCUCCGCGCUCUGCGGCGGCCCGCCCUACUCACUCAAGAGCCCCGUCUGCUCUCUGCCCGAGUCUGGGGGUGGGGAUAGGAAACCCAUUCGGCCUUGGAAAUCCGUGGAAAGAAAACAAAAUAAACAAUCCAAUAGAUGACAGCUGGAGACAAUGGAUGAAGAUGUAACCACACUCUCUUUCCAUUCCCAUGAGCCCAAAAUCAUAUUCCAUGGGACAGAGGAGGAUGAGGUGGUGGUAGAACUGCAGGAAUCAGUUCUUGUGUCUGAUGUGGAGGGUGAGAAGAUUGCAGUGCAUGGCCUAGCCCCAGAGGAGCUGAUUAUCCAGGAAGCCAUCGAGGAUGUGGUGGCAGAGUAUGUGCCAUGCACAGAAGAGGAUGAAGGGCUUGGCACCAUUGCUGUUGAGACCUGUGUGAUGUCACCUGACAAUGUGGCUCUGGAGGAUGAAGGACUUCAGGUUGAUGUGGUGACCGAUGCUCAGGUACAGGAGGAUCCCGACACCUGCGGAGACUACCUCAUGAUCUCUUUGGAUGAGGCUGGAAAGGUGGUUUCAGAUGAGGAUACUAAAGUCACCAUUGAGAGCAGUUUAGAAGACCCAGAGGAUGUGGAGAAGGAUGAAGAGGGUCAAGAGGUCAUCAAAGUGUACAUUAUUAAGGCACAUCCUGGGGAGGAGGACUUGGGAGGCACCGUUGACAUAGGAGACACUGAGCUUGAUGUAGAUGAAGAUGUGGAGCUGGUGGAUCCAUCUGGAAUGCCUAUCGGAGAGAAGAUGGUGUAUGUGUCAAUGGAUGAAGCUAGUCAAAACCAAGGUGACAUCAAUUUGGCUAAAAUCACAGAUGAAGUAUACAUGGAAGUGGUGGUGGGAGGUGAGGACCCUGGAAAUGCUCAGCGGAUGCUCGAUAAUGCAUCGCUCAGCAAAGACUUCAUGCCUGUGGCUUGGGCAGCUGCUUAUGGUGAGGAGGACAGUGAAAGUUGCGAGAACAGAAAUGGAGCAGCCAGUGCUCUACUGCAUGUUGAUGAGUCUGACGUGAUUGAAAGGCUCAACCGCCAUCGAAGCAAGAACAAGAGCAAAAAACGUUCCGAACUUCGUCAAACAGCAAUCAUCAUUGGCCCAUACGGCCAGCCUCUUACAGUGUACCCCUGUAUGCUGUGUGGCAAGAAGUUCAAGUCACGUGGCUUCCUCAAGCGCCACUCUAAGAAUCACCAUCAAGAUGUAGUAAAUCGAAAGAAGUACCAGUGCACUGACUGUGAUUUCACCACUAACAAAAAAGCCAGUCUCCACAACCACAUGGAGAUCCACACUCUCAGCAGCAAAGCUCCAUUUGAGUGUGAGGUAUGUGGUAAAGAGUUCCACCAGCAGGCAGCACUGUUUUCCCACCGCCUGCAGCACCACCAUAGAGAAUCCAAGCUGCAGAUAUCGCCACCCACCAACAAAAUGCACCAGUGCAAGUUCUGUGAAUACGAGACGGCAGAGCAAGGACUUCUCAACCGACACCUGCUGGCUGUUCACAGCAAAAAUUUCCCACAUAUCUGUGUGGAAUGUGGCAAGGGCUUCCGGCAUCCUUCGGAACUGAAGAAACACAUGAGGACCCACACUGGCGAGAAGCCUUACUGCUGCCUUUACUGCGACUACAAAUCGGCCGACUCUUCCAACUUAAAGAUGCAUAUAAAGACCAAGCAUAGCAAGGAGAUGCCUUUCAAGUGUGACCGCUGCUUCCAGACAUUUGCAGAACCUGAUGAGUUGCUGCAGCACGGACUGACACACGAGGAAUCCAAAACACACCAUUGCACUCACUGCGACCACAAAAGCUCCAAUUCCAGUGACUUGAAGCGUCACAUCAUUUCAGUUCACACCAAAGACUAUCCACAUAAAUGUGAGGUCUGUGGAAAGGGCUUCCACCGGCCAUCUGAGCUUAAGAAGCAUUCGGCCGCACACAAAGCCAAGAAGAUGCACCAAUGCAGGCAUUGCAAUUUCAAAAUCGCAGAUCCGUUCAUUCUAAGUCGGCAUAUUUUGUCAGUGCACACUAAGGAGCAGCAAGCUUUCCCAGACAAAAAGGGUCUUAAGAAGACAUUUGGACUUGGAGCUCAUGGGGGAAGGAAAAUUUUGGGUGGUGCGGGUAUGUCCAAGGGCCAUAGGGAACGGCGUCUAUACCAGUGCCAGUAUUGUGACUACAGCACCGGUGAUGCAUCUGGCUUCAAGAGACAUGUGAUCUCCAUUCACACCAAAGACUAUCCUCAUCGCUGUGAUUUUUGCUCUAAAGGCUUCCGCAGACCAUCUGAGAAGAACCAGCACAUCACACGACAUCAUAAAGACCUAAUGCCUGCUUUGUGAGCUUUGCAAUGGCUGCUAUAGCAACACCAAUCAGAGCCUCAACAGGAUCUGGUCCAUCCAAGAUUUGGGGAGGUAGCUGUAGUAUUCGGAGCCAAAGCUGAUUGCUGGAAUGAUGUGCUAUGGGCUGUUUCAGUUCACAGAUGGUGUAGGCAUGGUGCAGGUGCAAGGAAAAAGAGAAAGGGUCCCUCCACAUUAGUCCAUGUUGUGAUCAUCACUCUGUUUCUGCUCUUAUAUAGAGAUAUGUGGCCACUUUUAUGGCUGUUAUGCCUUUGUAAAUUUUUGGAAACUUGCUCCACAUUCAUUGCAAGUCUAAUCAGAAAAAAACAAACCAUUGUUUUGCCAGUGUUGCUGUUUUUAGAUUUAGUCCAGCUUGCAUAAUUUCUCAUGUUAAAUCAUCAAGGGUGGACGCCAUAUAUGCCAUUUGAUGUUUGAUUAUUAAGUUUGAAUUAUGACUGCUGUAUUGCAUGUUCUACUUCUCACAAACCACUGCUUAGCAGCUUUGUGCUAUGUAUGCGCAUACAGAUACAGCCAUUUGGAAAAUCUUGGAAGAAGUCAGUAAGCUAUGGUAAGAAUCAUUUAUCGAAUGGUUUCUUGGCUUCAGAUCAGCAGAAUGAAAGAUUAAAAUUAAUUUCAAAAUACAAUCUAUGACUUGGUUCCUAAAAGCAUAAAUAUCUUGAUAUUUGUUCACAUUGACAAUAACUCUGUUUGAGAGCAAAUCACUUGUCUUUCAGCUCUGAUGAGAAAACUCGUAUAGUUCAUGUAUAAUUCAUGUAUGUCUGGUAUGUGGUCGGCUGUGGUCUUUUUUGUUUUUGUUUUUUCACUCUGAAAUUCAAAAUGAAGUUUUAUUUUUUACACAGAUACUAAAAAUGUAUAAUUUGGAAUUAAAUAUUCUUAAAGAUGCCAUGAGUAUAUUAAAUAUUUGUAAAUACAGAAGUAAUAAAAAGUAUUUUGUGCCCAACAAGUUUUUUUUUCUUUAUUAAUAGACGUUAUAUGUAAACAGAAUUUGAAUGUAACAUACAAACAUUUUGUU